AUGUCGACAAUACGCGUCGACGACACCCAGUCGGGAAGUCCGCCCGUCCUCCCCCUCGACUUCAACGGCAACCAGCCGCCCACGAUCCGCGUCUAUCCCUCCUCCAACUACACUUUUGGCGUCAAGGAGACACAACCCGAAGAGGACCCCUCAGUCAUUGCACGUUUAAGGCGCCUCGAAGAGCACUAUGCCGAGCACGGCAUGCGCCGCACCUGCGAGGGCAUCCUCGUCUGCCACGAGCACAACCACGCCCACAUUCUCAUGCUGCAAAUCGCAAACGCCUUUUUCAAGCUCCCCGGCGACUACCUGCGGCCCGAGGACGACGAGAAUGACGGCUUCAAGGUGCGCCUCGAUGAGCGUCUGGCACCUGUUGGCCGCCUCGGCGCGGAUGAAAAGCCUGGCGAGUGGGAGAUUGGCGACUGCCUGUCGCAAUGGUGGCGGCCCAAUUUUGAAACCUUCAUGUACCCAUUUCUGCCCGCUCACAUCACCCGUCCCAAGGAGUGCAAGAAAAUCUACCUCAUUCACCUCCCCAAGACCAAGGUACUUAGCGUUCCCAAGAACAUGAAGCUGCUCGCUGUUCCGCUCUUUGAGCUUUACGAAAACAGCGGUCGCUACGGACCUCAACUUGCCGCGAUUCCACACAUCUUGAGCCGCUACAACUUUGAAUUUGUUGACGAGGACGGCAAGGUGGUCACGGUAACACCAGGCGAGGGCUACAAAGCCGGCGAACGCCCCCCACCCAAGACAAAAGUCCUCGUUGGCGAUGACACAGAUAUGAAGGAGGAGAAUGGAACAAAUUAG